AUGUCAUCAUCUCCAGUCGACGCCGAGGUCCUCAUCGUCGGUGCCGGCAUCGGCGGUCUCACGCUGGCAGCCAUCCUCUCGCGCCUCGACAUCUCGUGCAAGGUCCUCGAGCGAAGCGACGUGCUGCGCCCCGUCGGCGCGGGCAUUUCGCUCUCGCCCAACGGCCUCCGCAUGCUCGAUCAACUCGGCGUGUAUGAGAAAGUGCUGGAAGCGGGCCAGAAGCUGCGGAAAGUGCAAAUCUGGCGCGGUAAUAAGCUCUGGAAUACGGUGGACUGGGCGGGCUGCGAGGUCAAGUUCGGGUAUCCGGUCAUGUCCUUGGAGCGUCACCACUUUCACAGACUACUCUUUGAUGCUGCGGGAGGCGAUGAUGUCGUGCAGUUCGGCACAAAGAUUGUUGAUGUCAUUGACGAUCCGAGCGAGUCCUUCGUCAGGGUGUUCUCUGACGAGGGGAAAGAGUUCCGGGCUCACGUCGUUGUCGGUGCUGAUGGGAUACGGUCUGUUAUCCGGAGAUGCCUGGCUCGAGACGCUGGCCUCAAGGAGGCCAACACCAUCAAGUUUACAGGGCGUGUCCACAUGAGUGGCAUCACCGCUCCGCUGGAGCAUCUUAGCACUCAGGACCUCGGUGUCGCCAACUGGAUGCUCUACGAAAACUCGACUCUCACAACUUGGCCAUGCCCCGACAACCGACAAUGGUUCAUCGGCGUCACGGUACGAAAAGUCCUCCGUACUCCUGCGCAUGCCGGUAGGGGUGACCCUCAGCUAAUCUUGGCAACGAAACAGAAAACCGACGAGAAGGUUGAUAAUGAUCGGUCUAUCUGGAGCAACUGUGACGAAGACACCAUCAAUUCAGUUUACGGAGACAAGUUCCACCCGUUCGCGGAGAAAGGAGAGUUUAGAGAUAUUGUCGAAAAGAACGAGCGUAUCCUUGCCUGCAAUAUGUUCCAAGAAGUUGAGUUCCCUUCAAUGGCCCGAGGCAGAGUCUGUCUUAUCGGCGACUCCGCGCACAGCAUGACCAGUGCCUUUGGCCAGGGCGGAAACCUAGCAAUUGAAGAUGCGGCGGUUCUGGCUAGCUUGAUCCAGGAAAAUCGAGGGUCUUUGGAGCAGAAAGUAGAACCAAUCCUCCAAAAGUACAGCCAGAUGCGAGAAAAGAGGGCAAAAGAAGUGGUCAAGUUCAGUUUCCGCUUUAUUCUACUACACGGAGCCUUUCUACCCUACGGCAUUGGACCGUUGCUGCGGUGGUUGAUCUAUGCUUUUCUGCCCGGCGGCGCCUGGCUAUGGUUUCUCGAGUUUCUGUAUGGGUUCCAACCCACUGUACCACAUUUAGACUUUGCAUCGACAAAGACAUGA